AUGGCCCUUGCCCCGAGCUCGAGUGGCCCGAGCGACAUCUCCUUGGCGGACGUGCUUCGUGAGGUCUCUGACAUCAUGAGCAAUCCCAGAUCCUGGGAGAAUCGUCGCGAGACCAUCUUCGAGUUGCUGCGACGAUCUCUCCUCCAAAGCGGCCGGAACGACAGCUUGGACUCCAAACUACAUGGCCCAGACAGCAGCAUCGAGACUGCCUGGCUCUUUCUCUUGACGUUGCGGCGACGAAGCCCAGUUCGGCAGAGGCGCAUCGACGAGUGUCUGAGGGCGCUCCGUUCCUCUGACAGGUGGAUGCAGAUCCUCAGGCAGUCGUCCAGGGCACAGGAGCUGCUAGGGGAUCAAACUGGAGCUUUGCCUGCUCCGCUGUCAGACCUUGAGGGGGUCGACGUCGCAGAAACGGCCCAUGAAGCCCAUCCCAGAUUUGGCAACCUGAGUCCCAAAGCAAUGGCUGGCACGGCGGUUUUCUCAGCGGCAAUGCAAGCAACUUCAGGCCCAAGCUCACCUGCAGGCGGUGCUUCACCAGCACAGGAUCGUGAUCGAAACGGCGACAGAGCCACGGAUAAGAUCGAGGAAGGUGCCAAGGAGCCGCAGCAUCAUGUCACUUCGAAGGUGGUUGGGGCCACGCAGUCAGCUUUCCAAGCAGCGCGGGACACCAAUCAGAAAUAUGGGGUCACCGACAAGAUUGGUGAAGGUGCGAAGUCUGCAUACACGAAGGCGCGGGACUUCGAGCAGCAGCAUCAUGUCACGUCGAAGGUGGCUUCUGGGCUUAAAGCCGGGAUUAGUGGUGCUGCAUCGGCGGCUGGGUCGCUGGCAAAGGGUUCGAACCCGUUUACCCACAGUGCAACAUCACAAACGGAGGUCAACUCCCGGAAUCCUUUCCGGGAGGUGCGCAAUGGCAAUCCGUUCCGGUGA